GUCUGAGACCACAGAUCUUGGGUCAUCCUGGAUUUGGUUAUCCUGGGUCAUCCACCCAACCACAACUGAUCUGCUCAAGCCGCAAUCAAACAGGGACAAUUGUCCCUUUCACAUGGAAAUUUCAUUUUCUUGAGGAGGCAAAAUGUGUUCCUCAGUAAGACCAACUGUUCUCCCUAUAUAUUUCCCACUAUGGAGGGAAAACGAGCAGAGGGCAUCUCACAUAUCUUGGCAGACAUCCGGAGUUGAUGCAAUCCAUUUGUUCUUAGCGAAGAUUGCGCAUUCUCCUCGAAGGGCUCGGGAAAGCUAGUCUGUGCUCACUCAGCCUAUCACAAUGGUUUGUCUUGACCCGAGUAUGAUUGCUGCAUCAGUUACCUGAGAAAUGUCCCGAAGCCCGAUGCUUCCACUUUGAUGGAGAACUCUAAUGGUACCAGUGUGUUCCAACUUUGUGUGAGACAAGGCGAACCUACGCUUGUUACUCCUGCCGCGGAGACAGAGAAAGGGCUGUACUUCCUCUCCAACCUCGACCAGAACAUUGCGGUGAUAAUCCGUACGAUUUAUUGCUUCAAGUCGAUCGAGAAAGGCAACGAGCAAGUUGGAGAAGUGAUUAAGGAUGCCUUGAAGAAGGUUCUUGUGCAUUACUACCCUCUCGCCGGGCGCUUGACCAUUAGCCCUGAGGGAAAGCUCAUCGUGGAUUGCACCGGAGAGGGAGCGAUUUUUGUCGAGGCCGAAGCAAAUUGUACUCUGGAAGAGAUUGGAGACAUAACUAAGCCUGAUCCUGAGACUCUUGGGAAAUUGGUUUAUGAUGUUCCAGGUGCUAAGAACAUAUUAGAGAUGCCACCGCUGGUGGCUAAGGUGACUAAAUUCAAGUGUGGAGGGUUUGUUCUGGGGCUGUGCAUUAAUCAUUGCAUGUUUGAUGGGAUUGGAGCUAUGGAAUUUGUGAACUCGUGGGGUGAAACAGCCAGAGGAUUGCCUCUCACAACCCUGCCUUUCCUGGACAGGACCAUUCUGAAAUCCAGGAACCCGCCUAAGGUGGAAAACCUUCAUCAGGAAUUCGCCCAAAUAGAAGAUAAGUCUAAUACAGCUGAUCUCUACAACAACGAAAUGCGAUACAGUUCUUUCUGCUUUGAUCCCAAGAAGCUUGAGAAGCUAAAGGCUAAAGCAAUGAAAGAUGGGGUUCUUGAGAAGUGCACCACUUUUGAAGCUCUCUCGGCAUUUGUAUGGAGAGCUCGAACUAAGGCACUCUGCAUGCUGCCUGAUCAGCAGACAAAGCUUCUCUUCGCGGUGGACGGGCGGCCUAAGUUUGAACCUCCUCUUCCAAAAGGGUACUUUGGAAAUGGAAUCGUGCUCACCAAUUCCAUAUGCAAAGCGGGCGAAAUUCUUGAGAAACCACUUUCAUAUGCAGUUGGGCUAGUUCAGGAUGCAAUCAAGAUGGUCACGGAUGGUUACAUGAGAUCGGCCAUAGAUUACUUUGAAACCACAAGAGCAAGGCCAUCUUUGGCAUGCACCCUCCUGAUCACGACUUGGUCGAGGUUGCCCUUUCACACCACGGAUUUUGGGUGGGGCGAGCCCAUAUUGUCGGGGCCUGUGGCAUUGCCUGAGAAGGAAGUGAUUCUGUUCCUUUCUCAUGGGAGCGAGAGGAAAAGCAUCAAUGUGCUUCUUGGUAUGCCUGCUCCUGCUAUGAAGAUCUUUGAAGAACUGAUGCAGUUCUAGACAUCAGUUCUAGAUGGAGAAGACUCUCUUGCUUGGUGAUUUAUUUCUGGGCAGGAUCCCAUAAUCUCAAAAUUCAGUUUGAUGUAUGAUCUUACUUAUGACGUUCGGUUAUCUCUAAGAAAAUGUUAUGUUGGCUGUUGGCAAAGGCUGGUGUGAAUCCAAAUAAAUUAUGUUAGAGGUGGUUUCUGGCUGUGAGGACUGGACACAAAGUCACUGCUCUAUUGUUUAUAAGCUGUGCUUCAUGUUAUAAAAA